AUGAGGACCUCUACCGCAUCUCUGGCCCUGGCCCUGCCCGCGCUUGCCAGCGCGGCCAAGUGCAAGCCGUAUGUCUCGAGCGAAGCCCUGCAGGAGCUGGUCAAGAUCGAGGACCUCAUGGCCGGCUCCCAGGCGCUCCAGGACCAGGCCGACGCGCAUGGCGGCAACCGUGCCUUUGGCAGCGGCGGCCACAACGCCACCGUCGACUACCUGUACGAGACGCUCACCAAGCUCGACUACUACGACGUCGUCAAGCAGCCCUUCUCCGAGAUCUUCGCUACCGGCACGUCCACCUUGACCGUCGACGGUGCCAAGAUUGAGAGCGGCAUCAUGACCUACACCCCCGGCGGCUCUGAGAAGGGCCCCCUUUUCCACGUCCCCGGCCUUGGUUGCGCUGUCAGCGACUUCCCCGCCGAGGCCAAGGGCCGCGUCGUCCUUCUGUCUCGCGGCACCUGCGCCUUUGGUCUCAAGUCGCAGAACGCCAAGGCCGCUGGUGCCAUCGGCCUCAUCAUCUACAACAACGUUCCUGGUGGGCUCUCUGCCACCCUUGGCGCGCCUUUCCUCGAAUAUGUUCCCACCGUUGGCAUCAGCCAGGAGGACAGUGUCCCGCUGCUCGCUAAGCUCGAGGCUGGCGAAGUUGAGGUCGACUUUGAUGUUGACGCCAUUGUCGAGAACCGCGUCAACUACAACGUCAUUGCCGAGACCAAGGGCGGUGACCAUGACAACGUCCUCGUCCUCGGAGGCCAUUCCGAUUCUGUUGUUGCUGGUCCCGGUAUCAACGAUGACGGCUCCGGUUCCAUCGGUGUCCUGAACGUUGCCGUCGCCCUGUCCCACUUCAAGGUCAAGAACGCUGUUCGCUUUGCGUGGUGGGGUGCUGAGGAGUACGGCAAGCUUGGCUCGUACUACUACGUCAAGCAGCUUAACAGCUCCGAUACUGAGCUCGCUAAGAUGAGGGCCUACCUCAACUUCGAUAUGAUUGCUUCGCCCAACUACGUCUACGGCAUCUACGAUGGAGAUGGCGGCGCGUUCGGCUUGACCGGCCCCGCUGGCUCUGACGUUAUCGAGAAGGACUUUGAGGAGUUCUACGAGGCCAACGGAGCUGCUCACGUGCCUUCUGAGUUCAGCGGCCGCUCUGAUUACGCCGCUUUCAUCGAGAACGGCAUCCCCUCCGGAGGUCUCUUCACCGGUGCCGAGGUCCCCAAGACCGAGGAGGAACAGCGUCUCUUCGGCGGUGAGGCUGGCGUCGCGUAUGAUGUCAACUACCACAAGGCCGGAGACACCGUAGACAACCUGAACAAGGAGGCCUACCUGCUCAACACCAAGAGCAUUGCCAACUCUGUCGCCAAGUACGCCCUCAGCUUUGAGUCCCUCGGCCCUGUCGACAUGAACCAGAGGCGCUGGGCUGCGGAUCGUGCCCAGUUCACCAAGCGUGAGGGCGCCCACGAGCACACCCACUCCGGCCCUUGCGGCGGCGGCGUUAGCAAAUAA